AUUGUGCGAGGUUGGGGUCAUGAUUAUGUAAUGAGGUCAAGUGGCGCACUUAGCGAGGUCAAGUUUUCUGUACACGUGAGGGAAGGCCAUCUUCCAAGGUUACCAGCUUCCCCGUUCCCAGCUUGGUCGGCAGGUUAAUGGUGCAUUUACUUGCGGGUCAGCGCAAAUCUCUUACAAUCUGCCAUCCCCCUCUUACCCCUUGAUCGUCUACCUUUUCGUGCUGCGCGAGAAACGUUCAACCCCUUGAGACAGACCCAGGUUGCAUAUCUAUCCUCCGACAGUCAAGUCAUGUUUAGGCGCCCGAGACAGACUGAGCCAGACAGGCUCUCAACAAGACUCAGCACAAUACUUCAACCUCUCACUGUAAUUCCUUGGGGAUCGCUCGCAAUGUGGUAUCUGGGCGUCCCUGUCGUCUGUGGGGCCACCAUGGUUGUUGUGCAGGACAAUCACUACACAGUCGCCAUUGAAAAGCUCGAGAACGCGGGAUUCACCCGAAGCAUUCCAAAUCGCACUCCUCCUCUGGAGGUCAUGGAGGGUCAUCCAAAUCCACAACAGAUGUUGGAGGAAAUAAAUGCUGGCUACAAACGCCUUGAUUGUUCUUGUGCAGUAUUUGAUUAUCCACAAGAUGAUCCAGCAGAAAAGGGUUUGCAGGUGUACCUGUUUCCAAAUUCCUUUACACACAUUCCCUUAGGAGAGAUUUCUUACCCUCCAAACAACAUCACAUAUGCUACGACCACAAAACAAUUUGAUACCUACAAAAAUUUACAAUAUCCGCUAGAACAGGCACUGGUUGAAAGCUUUGUUAUGGCUGCGAUUGAUGAAGAAACAGAGUCAGGUUAUUCUGCAUGGGGCGAGUCAUUGAGAUCCUGGAUAUCCAUGAUGACAGGAUACCUUGAGGUCAAUAAUGAUGUUCUUGAUCAUUGUUCAGAUAAGCAGGCAGUGGAAUGGUAUAGUACCAAUUUUGGUCGAAUCCAUGAGGCCAAAUUUGGUCCGAUGGAUCGACGCAUUUCUAAACGCCUUGGCUCAGGUAAAGAGCUACCAAUAGAUAUGAGGGGGAAUCCUAUUUGAUGUUUUUUCCCCCUUCAUUGACUACAAUACACGGGAUAUUCUUUUUUGGACAAUACUUAAGCAAUAGAAUUCAUAUCAUCUGCCAGACGUAUAGCAAGACUAUGUUAUACCCCCAAGGUUCCGUUGAACAACAAAACUACAUGCCCUUCUCCCCGCCAACGGAUUUCGGUAACAUCUGUAGCACUGCGUAACCCUCCCCGAAGGCCACCGCAUGGAACAAGCUCUCGCCCUCCCUAGUAGUUUGACCUUGGAUGUGUGAUUAUUUCGGAAUCUGCCACCUUCAUUGAAUUCUAUCGCUCGAUCGAUGACCGGGUUGAGGCGGAGGACAGAGAAACUUAUUAGUUUUGGAAUACAGCGGUGCAUUUGACCUUUGCCUUCAGAGACUGGACCAAGGCUGGCCUCUUUUGAACAAGAUUUGCUAGCGCAGUUUGCAACUCCUGGCUUUGAUUGAAGUCGAGCUCUGGUCUGCCUGGCACUGCCAAAGGGAUCAUAUUCGUGAUAUCCCGGAUAUCUGUUCCCUCUUUUGGACUACCUUGGCGCUGAUACUGAGACAAAAUCUUUUCACGCAGGAUCCAUUCAGCGCCAAAGAAUUUGACUGCGCGACCAUUGAUAUUCAACGUCUUCCGUGUGGCGGCCUGAAUGUUGUACUGGGGACGUUGCGGCCAGCUUUGGAAGUCGAAUACUUCUAGCUCCACUAACUGGGCGGCACCUCCUGGUCGGCGCAGUUUGUAUGCGGGAAUGGUGUGCCUGAACUGGCUGACUCCUUCGAAAUCGGUUGGGAAGGAUGUGAGGAGCUGAGUUGUAAGACGGUCGGCGGUGAUCAUACGUUAGUCAACAUGAAUGACCAAGUCAACGUCUUCGGUCCUGCGAGUGGGGUCGGGAUACAACAGACAGGUGGCAGCGCCCCCCAUAAUGGCGUAGUCGAUGUUCAAUGAAUCAAGUUUCUGCGCCAGCGCGGAAACAACAGUUCUCAGUUCAUCAGGGCUGAGCGGCGCCAUUGUAUUUCAGGUAUCGCUAGACUAUGUAUGUCAGCAUGUCAUUCACAGCUAACGGAGACAAGUAACACUUACAGGGUUUGUGUUACAUCUGGAAUUUGGUUCUUUGGGUGAAGUUAAAUGAAGAGUAGCGUUCUGCUUUCAAGUUGGGACAGAGGAAGAAGAAGAAAUUGGCGAUUCCCAGGAAAACGACGCUCUAUUUAUGCUAUUUUUCAUCACGACAAGAAAGAGCGACGGUCUCAGCGGAGAUAAUUCUCACUUCUAGUGGCGGCGCUUAGAGCCAGUGGUUGACUCUCGCUCUGCGCUUGUCUCUUGCAUUGAUGUGAGUCUGCAAAACUGUUUGGAUCAAUAAGAAUUGCAAAAAACAUCCGAAACGUUGGGAUCUGAAAUUUUCUAAUGCAGGACCGACAGAGGCAACCCUGUCCAUUCAGAUUGACCAGUCAUUCCUGGUGCUUGUUCCCACGACAAGAAUGGAGUUGCAGGCAUUCUUCCCCAUCCAAAUGACUACCACCAAACAUCAUGGUUCAAUGUCAGCGCUUGGGAGUCAUUCAUAUCCAGAAUACCAAUAAUGAUUGGCUAAGCCUCUGCUACAUAUUGACAGAAACUUAGUUUAUCAUCUUGUACAAGUAUGAAAUUGAAGAGACACAUGUAUGAAAUAUUUAUGCGCCAGAGUAAACCGAAUCAGAGGAGAGUUUGAAAGUAGAAUCCUGGCAAGCUCUCAUUAUUUAUGAUGUCUUCAGACACCUGCGGAUCCAAUGAAAUUUCUCUUGAAACAGGAUCCAGUAAUCUUCUCCUGUUCAUGAUAUCUUGGCGACUUGCUCGGUGGGUAACUGCUUGAAAGGGGAAACAAAAGGAAGGGUCAACUAGCCUAAGAUAGUUUGGGAGGAGAAGGAAAAAGGAUGAUGGAAAGGCACGUAGCCUAUUACUGCGUAUACGCAUCCUAAGACGGCGGCCGCUCAUUCUGGAGGGAAGAAAGGGGAACCAAAAAAGUGAGCCGGCGGAUCCAUGCUAAGCUGCGCCGCAACGGAUAUGCACAUCGAGGGCGUUUGGCUCCGGUAAUCUGAACGGGUUGAUCCAUCCAUGCAAGGAAUAAGCCUGGCUGGCUGGUCGCACGGCGGGUCCAUCCGUCAUGGCUUGCUCGGCACCAAACGGGCGAGUGGUUGCGUGGGUGGCCGGGUGGUGAGCGAAGGUGAUGCGAUGGAGAGCGCGGGUGAAUGAGCCUGAAGUGGAGUGGACCCUGGCGAAGUCAGGCAAUGAUAAAGCAGCUGGACACACUAGCCGGAUCAAGGCUUGAGGGGUUAGUGUGUGAUAACGUGACCAACCACCCAACGCCCGCCAUUUCACCAUUAUUAUUAUUAGCUGAGCCAUCUUGCUCUAGUGACAGUGAGUGAUAAGUUCAUCAGUAUAUGUAUUUUCUUCCUCAAGCAUGAUGCAUCUUUCUCUAGAAAUUCUUCCUGCCUUGCCUCCUUCACCAGCCACUGCCUUCUUUCUCGCAUUGUCAAUUCUAUUCUCUCUUCUGUCUCUUCUUUUCUCCUCUCUUUUCCCCUCCUGGCUCUCCUGCUCUCUUUUCUUCUUGAUCUUGGUCUCUCGUUGCUUAGCCCACUCUGCUUCUGCUUCUGCAGCUUUUUUUUUUUUUUUUGAAGCGUUGUAAAUUUGGCCUGUAGCCUGUCUAUUCUCUUGCUAGACCCUCACAUCCUCACAUUGAACAAGUGACACAUACGUUAUGUAUUAAUGUGUCGAGGGGUUGACGUAGUGAGUUUGUUGGCUGCGUUUGUGAUCACUGAUGGUAGGGGUAUAUAGAACAUAGAUUGGGAGAGCGAAAAGCGAAUGGAAACGAAAAAAGGACUGCAAAAAGGAAUAAAUGAAAAUUAAAAAAGAGGAAAGAGAAAAUAUGUAUCGGAUGGAUUAGAGUUAAUUUUAUAUAAACUCGGCUGAAUUCUCUUCUUGGCUUCACUUCAUUCGAUGCGAAUGAGGGUAGAUGGGGAAAAAAAGUUAAAGUAAUAAGAAAAAGUAGAAAAAACUGUCGUUAACCUUGAAAACCGAAUCGGAGUGUGCAACGAAAGGAAAAUCUCAACUCAUACAUCGAUUGACUGAACGAGGAAGAAAAUGGAAAAAGGAAGAAGGAAGAAGGAAAUUGGUUAAAAGAAAAGAAGAAGGCAGAGAGACGGGGAGAAAACCCGGCGAAACUAUGAGAGAUAAGAAGGAGAAGGAAAAGGCGGCUUAUUAAAAAUAGCGUAAUGUAGGAGGAAGGGGGGGGUAGAAAUCAUCAUAUUGGUGUCUUCAGAAGAAAGCAGGGGAGGGAGAAAGAGGAGAGAAGGGAAGAAAGAAAAAUAUACAGCAACGUCCUGUAGUACCGUGGUCCCUGCCAUGGGAGUUGGGAGAAAUGAGCAUUAAACAUGAUUUUAAAGCACCCCUGGCCGCGUCGCAUGGUGUGAUGUGAGAGGUGAGUAGGGUAGACCGGGGGUGUGAGGGUGAUGGAAUGAAACGAGGUAAAAUAAAAUCAGCCAAACACGGAGAUAAGAGUAGAAUGAAUAAACGAAAUGCAAAAAAAA